CUCUCUAACCCGUCUACUUCUCUCUCUAAAAAUGCCCCCAUAAUCCUACCCAACCCGCACGCCCCACUGGUUAAUAUCACUUUCCAACUUUUCUUCCUCCAUUAAUUUUCUUUCCUUUUGAUCUGUACAGUGCUCUGCUCCUCUCUUUAAUGGCUGUCCCCACGCCUACUUUCUCCCCUCCAUUUUAGCAAUUUCCUUUUACUUAUUACUAUUCUCUCUCUCUCUCUCUCUCUCUCUCUGGUCGGUGUGGAAUUUUCAUAUUUUCUCAAUCAUUCCCAAUUUUCGAUUUCUUCCUUGUUCUAUUCCCCCUUUUGUUGAUUUUGGCACCUCCUGAAAUAAAUAAAUAAAAAUCUCUGCAAAUACAAUCUGAAAAUUUCCUCUUCAGAUUUUGCUUCUCGAUGCAGAAAUCUCACUCCGAUUGAAAAUUUCAUAAGCGAAACUCAUUUUGAUUCAACUGCCACCAACAAAUCUUUUCUCCUUCGACCAUUCCGUUCCAGGGAGGAUCACACCGCCAUUAACCCAACCACUUUCCAGGUCCUCUUUUGCUGUAAAACAGACGACGAUUAGAUUAACCAAAAAAAAAAAGCAGUUGAUUCCUUGACAAUCCCCCAGGGCUACAGUUGCUUUGAACUUAUCCUUUGGCAGCAAUUCUUUCCCCGGAUGCUCCAUAAAGUAUCCCUCGCUGCUUCUUCUCUGCCAAAUUCAGGAAAUAGAUAAUCCUUGCAAUGACAAAGAGAUCACUGCAGCAUUCUCUGCGGCAGCAGCCGGGCUGUAUGUGGAGUUUGAUGAGCAUUUUUGACUUCCGGCAGGGCCGAUCUUCAGCGAAAUUGCUCUCCGAUCGCAGGCGAGAAAGAAAGCAUGCAAUCAGACAUUCGAGUAGCCAAAAGGUUAUCCCCAAUUGGAUCGAGAAUCUUGAUUAUACAACGGAUGGCGAGAAUGAUGCAGCCGAUGCUGCGAGUUCGAGUGUGAAGGAACUUAUGGCCGUUGAGAUGAUCAACGAGAACGGAUUUUCAUCGAAUGGUCGCAAAACCAAUUCUGAGCGAGCUGGCUUUGAAUCCGAAAAAGGUGUAAAAAACAAGCGAAACCGAAGAAACAGAGACCACAUCAAGUCUAGCAGCGAUCUGGAUGUCGCCGAGUUGAAUGGCGCCGUGUGGUCGGCCGAAAACGUCGAUGCAGUUCCAAAGCAAAACGCGACGAACAAUCUUGAUCUGGAAGCAGCGAUAGAAGAGCUGGUGCGGAUCAGUCGGAGAAACACUCGUACGCCAGAUGGCGGUGAUGGCGACAGUCCUCCCGACGUGGAAAACCUCGUUGCGGCGUUAAAACUCGUUAUGCACUCCCGGGAAGAAAGGGACGAGCUUUGCGCUGAGGAUUUCAUGGACGCGGUACAGACAUUGAGCGAGAACAAGGGCUUGUUCUUGAAGCUUCUACGGGAUCAGAACUCGGCCCUCGUCAAGCAUUUCCAGAAAUUGGUCGAUACCCGUGGAGGAGACGACGACCAAAAGCUUAGAUCCGUUCCUAAACACAACGAAUUACGCAGCCGCAGGCAGUGGAAUUUCUUUCGAAGGAGCAAGUCGGUCGAGAGCUUGGAAUGGAACAAGGAUUAUACGUCACCGGGUAGAAUUGUUGUCUUGAAGCCGAGCCGAGAAACAGCACACAGACACAGCCCUGUUCGUGGCUUGUCUGCUUCGUCGGAUUAUGAUAAGGAGAAUGGAAACCGGAUUCCGUCUUACUUCUCUUUCACUAAUUUCAAACAAAAGCUACGGAAUGCAAUGGGGAAGGAGAGGCGCGUCGUUUCUUCCGAUGGACAGAGCCUUAGAUCGUCUCCUAGCCACAAAAACGGGAAAAGCUCGCCGGGAUGGAGUUCGCCGAAUAGAAACCAUUUCUACACCGAAAGAUUCACCCUUUUUUCGCCUAGCUUUAAAUUGAAAGAGAGAAGCUCGGAGUCUCCCCGAUUGUCGCGACUCGGGGGAUCUGAUAUCCACACUGAGGCUAAGAAGCAUCUUUCCGAAUCCCUCAGUCGGAUCAUUUCGUUUCAUGACCAGAACCGAUGUCAUAGUCCUAGGAAAACCGAUGACGACAUCUUUAUAACUCCUGAGAUGAGAUUCUCUCCACUUGGAAAAGCUUGGAGUAGCGCUGGCCGGACUUUGCAAGAAAAGAUUGACGAUUGUUCGAGUUUGAGGAAGCGUUGCAGCUCCUCGGAUGAAGAACAGUCUCCGGUAAAAGAUGGGUUGAAUUCUUCUCCGGAACUUGAAUGCUCCGUGGAAGAUGAUAGAGCUCCCGAAGCUUCGGAGAUUGAAGAAGUUGCAGAAUCAAGAUGCCGGGAGGAUAAAAAGAUCAUCGAUGAUUCAUUCGCUGUGGAAACCCGAGAAGGAGACGUAGAAAGUGAAGAAAGUACUUCCCAUGAAUCAGAUUCGAUUAUAGAAGUUCCAAUAUUGUCCCAUCCGCCGGCGUCGCCGUCGUGCUCAUCGGAAAGCAGGGAAGUCGAAGAAGAUUCUUACCCUGUCAUCGACAAAACUGAGAGGCCGAGUCCCGUGUCUGUUCUCUACCCAUUGUUCGCAGACGACGACCUUAGCCCUGCGAGCACCGUAUCUCAGCCAGUAGAAAAAGAACUCCAACCUCUGCGGAUCUGCUUCGAAGAGCAACCUUGUCCGAUCGAGUCGGGACUUUGCAUGAGAAUCUCUUCGGAGGACGAGGAAUCGGCAUUCGAAUACGUUGAAGCCGUGUUGCUCGGCUCGGGUUUGAACUGGGACGAGUAUCUUACGCGGUGGGUGUCUUCUUAUGACAUCCUCGACUCGUCUCUAUUCGAUGAAGUGGCGUUAUUUUCAAGCCGGCCUUGUAAUGACCAGAAGCUCCUCUUCGACUGUGCCAACGAGGCGUUGGAGGAGGUCUGCGAGGAAUACUUUGGACAGUUUUCCGGCGUAUUCGACGGUAAACGAAAUAUUAGACCCGUCCCGAGAGGGAUGGAUCUGAUUCGGGAGACGUGGAAGCUCAUCGAUGGCUGCACGCUUCGAAACCCGAAGCGUUGUUCGCUCGAGCAGCUGAUCGAAAUGGACAUGGGCGUGCCCGGGAAUUGGAUGAAACUUCGAUCGGACGUCGAGGUUGUUGGGUUCGUCGUAACGGAGGCUACGAUCGAUGAGUUGGUCGAGGACUUUGUGCUGAGCCUCGUAGACGAGGUUUUGCUUCCCGAUCUCGAAGUGGAAUCCGAUGCCAGUUAGGGAAUUGUAGAGCGAUAACUAACCGGAUCUAACCCGACCCGACCCAGCUCGUUCGGCUUGGCUCGUCGUCUCGACUCGGCUCGACUCGGCUCGUAUGUAUGUACGUAGAAGCUACAAUGACAUGUUAUGUUAUGUAGGAGAAUGAUGGUUUGGUGGCUCUAACCUUACCUUAUGGGAAAAAGAAGAAGCUUUUGCUCUUGUUGUAAUUGUAUUUGUUUGUUUGUGUGUGUAUACGUACGUACACUAACAGAAAUGCUACGAGGUUGUACGGAUGAGUUUGGCCGCCCAGUUAUAUUCUAAUUAUGAAUGUUCUUUUUGUGUAA